UUUACCAGGGUGCAUGCCCAUAUCGAUAUAUCAAACAAAGGCUUGUCAUUGACAUUUAAUCAGUUCGGUGAAACUAUUGAGGAAGUAGGUCUUGAUUUUGGAAAAUAAAAUAAGCGAUAUAUAUCGGUUAUUAAAGAACAAAGUAACCGUUACGGGUUGAAAUUGACCCCAGUUCCGCGAAAUCAAGAAGGAAGUAAGGCCGUCGACAGGAAAUUUGUAACAGGAAAAACAUGGCACAGCUUCCAGGUCAGUAUCCGCCUGCAGGUGACCAGCCACCACCUUAUCCAUCGGGACAACAGCCACAUCCACAUGGUGGUUACCCACCACCACCUCACGCUGGAUAUGCGCCACAUCCCCAUGCUGGAUAUGCACCUCAUCCAGGGUAUGGCCACCCACCGAUGCAACAGCAACAGCAGCAACAGUCUGUAGUUGUCAUUAACCAGAAUCGUCCAGAAGUUGUAACUGUAAAAGAAAAAGGAUGUAUGCCUGAUACUACUGACUGGAAAUGGUGGAAUUGGCUGUUAGCAGUUAUAGCCGUUAUAAUUUUAGGACCAAUUGUAUUGGCUAUUGGUAUUGUCUGCUGUUGUCUAAUGAUGGGGGACGAAAGCAGAUAACCUGGGUGCCUUUACAGUAUCUCUACAUAUAACAGAAACCUGUUAUGAUAUAUUUUUUGUUAUCUUUACAAGAACAUAUGCAGACU